GAGAGGGAACGAGAGAGCCAGGGGGAACGUCUGAGGGAACCGGUCGAGGGUCGGGACUCGUCGCAGACUGCAGAGGAGAAGACGGGAUUAAAAAUACUCCUCCUGGUGCCAGAAAUAGACUCGAGUCCAAACCGGAAAGUUUGGAUCGCUUUGUUUCCGUGCGCUCCUUCAGGCUGACUGACUGGAAAGUUUGGAUACAACCUGCUCCGGUUGGAGUCCACCGAAGCAGCAGCGCGAGGAGGAAAAGCAACCGAGAUUUUCUUCUUUCACAGGAAAAAAAGUAAGGGGGAAGUGAAAGGACGGGAUCUGGUUCCUCAUCUGUGGACCAUCACAUUUUCAGCCUCUGCCAAGUUUAGAGAAAAACUUUCUUUGCGCACGCAACUUAGGAUCUGCGAGCUGCUGAGAUGCGGUGAUGGAGCUGUGUGAUGUUUCCAGACUGGCUGUUUUUCUUUUCAAACUCACUCCCAGAGGCGCUCUCCUCUCCAGAGAAGCCAUGAGCGGGUUCGGAUGCUCGUUUUUAAUGCUCACCUUGGUGUUUUCGGCUUGGCACCCGGCCGCUGCAGGCGCACUGUCAGAUUUGGAGUUUGAGCGAAGUCCGGCCACGGUCAUCUCUUCGCUGGGUAAGCCUGUGACGAUGCACUGCGCCCUGAAGGGCACGGGCGACGAGGAGGAGGACCCCCCGGACGUGAUCUGGCUGAGGGACGGCGAGCCGCUCCAGUACGCCGACACCAACCAGUUUCAGGUCCCCACCGGACGCAACAGCUGGCAGAUCAUGAGCACGCUCAGGAUUGAGAAGGUCCAGCUUCCUGACAUGGGCUCGUACCGAUGUGCCGUGCUGUCGGAGAGCCACCGCACCCUGUCUGAGGAGGGAAGCAUUCAGCUGGAAGGCCUCCCCCACUUCUCGGUGGAGCCCCAGCACAUGUCCGUGGUGGCCAACGUCUCCCUGAGCCUGAGCUGUGUGGCUCACGGCCCUCCGGAGCCGGUCAGGGUCAUCUGGCUGCAAGACGGCUUUCCGCUGAACUCCCUGACGGACGCCGUGGCCCUGUCGCCCUCCACACUCAACCUCACAGGUCUGAACAGGACCAGCACCUUCUCUUGUGAAGCCCAUAACCGCAAGGGCGUGGCUACCUCUGGGUCCGGGACCAUCACUGUGCUGCCGUCCCAUCCUCAGCAUGUGCGAGCCGUAGAAACCACGCAGACGUCGCUGCGACUGUCAUGGCUGCCCGGCUUUGGAGGAGACUACCCCAUAGUCCGCUGCUCUGUUCAGGCCAAGCGCUCAGGAGAGGCCUUCGCAGCAGGUCCAGACGCCAUGAUCCACAACCAGAACGUCAACAUCCCUCCAGCCAGCCUCCUGAUCGCGGACCUGGAGCCCCACAGCCUCUACGCCGUCAGGGUGGCCUGUCACAGCAGCCAGGGCCCCUCCGAGUGGUCGCCCUGGCUGGAGCUGCGCACCAAAGAAGGAGUGCCAGAGAACCCGCCGGGUAACGUGACGGCCGUGCUGAACGGGACGGAGGUGCUGAUGGCGUGGGAGGAGCCUCUGGGCAGGCUGAACGGCGAGCUGCAGGGCUACAUGGUGGAGUACAGCACUCCUGCAGCGCAGCAGCAGGUUGUGGUGGACACCGGGCUGGACACUGAGCUGUCGAUCAACCUGUCGGUGCCUCUCUCCAACGUGUCGUAUCGAGUGUGUGCGUACACGGGGGCGGGUCCGGGGCCCUGGACCCCCACACAGACCCUCACGCUCAUUUCUCCCGAACUGGGGGGAAUUAGAGGUCAGUCCCCGCCGGCGUUUUCCUGGCACUGGUGGUACGUGGUGAUGGCCAUCGCCGGCGCCGUGGCCAUCGCUGUGCUCAUGGCUGUUUACGUGGCCAAGCUGCGGCGCAAGGAGACGCGCUUCGGAGAGGCGUUUGAGCCCAUGAUGGAGAGCGGCGAGCUGGUGGUCCGGUACCGUGCUCGCCGCACGUACAGCCGCAGGACCACGGAGGCAACGCUGAACAACUUGGGCAUCAGCGACGAGCUGAAGCAGAAACUCCAAGACGUGAUGGUGGACAGGCAUAAACUCACGCUGGGGAAGACGCUGGGAGAAGGGGAGUUCGGCUCUGUGAUGGAGGGACUUCUGACUCAGGAGGAGUCCGUUCUCAAAGUUGCCGUCAAGACGAUGAAGAUCGCCAUCUGCACUCGCUCAGAGAUGGAAGACUUCCUGCGCGAAGCCGCCUGCAUGAAGGAGUUCGACCAUCCCAACGUCAUGAGGCUGCUGGGUGUGUGUCUGCAGACCGUGGAGAGCGAGGGCUACCCGUCCCCCGUGGUCAUCCUGCCCUACAUGAAGCACGGAGACCUGCACAGCUAUCUGCUGUACUCCCGCCUGGGAGACUGUCCCGUGUACCUCCCAUCUCAGAUGCUGGUGAAGUUCAUGACCGACAUUGCCCGGGGGAUGGAGUACCUCAGCAGCAAGAACUUCAUCCACAGAGACCUCGCCGCUCGCAACUGCAUGUUGAAUGAGAACAUGAACGUGUGUGUGGCCGACUUCGGCCUCUCCAAGAAGAUUUACAAUGGAGACUACUACAGACAGGGCCGCAUCUCCAAGAUGCCGGUGAAGUGGAUCGCCAUUGAAAGCUUAGCGGACCGAGUCUACACCACCAAGAGCGACGUGUGGUCAUUUGGAGUCACCAUGUGGGAAAUCGCCACACGGGGCCAGACGCCGUACCCCGGGGUGGAAAACAGUGAGAUUUACGAUUACCUGAGGCAGGGAAACCGCCUCAAACAGCCUCCAGACUGUCUGGACAGCAUCUACGCCCUCAUGUUCUCCUGCUGGCUGCUGAGUCCGAAGGACCGUCCGCCGUUCGAGUCCCUGCGCUGCGAGCUGGAGAAAGCCCUGGACGACCUGCCGGACCCGCAGGACCCCGACGAGAUCCUCUACGUCAACAUGGACGAGUCCUCCACGGAGCUGGGGGCCGUGGGCGGCCGGGACCCCCUGGGGAGCUCCUCCCCCCUCUGCCUGAAGGGCCUGGACUCUGUGACCACGGUGGAGGUGCACCACCCCAACCGCUACGUCCUGUGCCCCCAGCACGACGCCAGCCGGGCCCUCUCCGACUCGCUGGAGAGCCUGGACAUGCCGGUGUCGUCCUCCACGGCCACGCUGCCGCUGCAGCCGUCCUGCCACUCCACCCCCACCCCCACCCCGGCCCCCACCCCCACGGUGGAGCUGCUGGAGCUCAGGGACGGGUCCAGAAACGUGCCCUGGCAGUGAUGCUUUCGCUCCUGAAAGAAAGGAGAAGACUGGACUGUUCACUGCCAAAGCGUGCGACGCCGUCCCCGGUCCCAGAGCGAGACCCCGCCUCCUGCUGCUGCUGCUGGCGCUCACAAACUCCUCAGUGCCUCUCCAUGUUUUGCACAAACACACAGCCAAAAGCAUUCCAGCGAAGCCGACGAUCGGGACGUUUCUUUUUUACUCUUUCAAGACGAGCACACAACCAGGAACGGCUUCGCUAAAACCAUCCGCCGACGCUGGAGUGAACACUCUGCAGCACAAUCAGACCACCAGCACGCCCCCAGCGGCUCAUCCGCAAGCAAUAAAAUGACUUUUCCAUCCCCGUACCUGCAGACCGCAGAGCGACUAAGCUAGAAAGAGUCAGACCUCUGUGAGAAGCAGAGCACAUCCUCUCAGACGCUUGAAUUCAGGUCAUGUUGAGAAGCGUCACUCUCUCUCCAACCUCCAAACUGACUAAAACCAGGUCUCUCCGCUCCUCCAAACCAGUCUGCUGCCGCUAAAUCCAGUUCAGUGGAUGUGUGGACCAACCAAACACCGUAUGAGACAGAAUAAUCCCAUUAACACAGGUUCCAGAGAUGCUUUUCUGGAUCUUUCGAAGUGUCUGUAACCUUUAACCUAUCACAAUAAUUCCCUUUUCCUCUAAGGUUAAAUGUAUGGUCGUGAGCUUGAAGCCAGGGUAUAAAAACACAAUUGUGAACGUCGAUUUACAAAAGCUGCGAGAGGAAAGUGUUCCCAGAUGGAGAAACUCUCCUUCCUGUGUUGUUCACAUCAUAAAUAACAAGCAGGCAGUUUAUUACAAAUAACCUUAAAUCAGCAUUCGUCCUUUAAUUUUAACCUGCCGCUUUGUCCUUUUACAAUAACAAGCUAAUGACUGAGCUGUCGUUAAUGGAAACCAUCGAUUUCAGUUUAUUAGAUUUGAAUCUGGUUCAUGUUUCACUAAAAUAGGAUGGAUUUUUUUUUCCCAUCAGAGAGGAAAAAAACUAUUUCUUCAAUUAUUUACAAUAUGAUUUUCUCACAACAAUAUGGAAUUUUAAGUCAUUCUGAAAAUGUCGAUAGGCGAAAUUUGCAUUGAUAACUGGUGCUGAAAAUCAGCGGAGCAGCGAGAAAAAAACCCAUCAUGUAUCAAUAUAUUGUCAGUGUUUUGGAGAUGAAUUCAAAUUAUGACAAAAAAGGGGUUUAGUUCUAGUGUAACAGUGGAAAGACGACAAAAGAAUACAAAUUAAAAGCUUCUAACAAGCACUAAAACUAUUUUUAUUGAGGCCGACAGCCAUCAGCAAGUAGCAGUCUAGAAAACGGCCCUAUUCAGCGCUCACACACUCCUGUCGCCUCUCCAGGGGUUUAUUUCCUGCAUCAAGCACAGGGAGCCGUUUCCACUCCAGGCAUCAGCUUUCUGUCCUGCUGGAGUCCUGGUUCCAGUGGUCUGCACGUCUCUGGUGUUACUCAGGAAUCUGAGGGUUUGCUCUGCAGGGGCGGCGGUACGAGCGGAUUCAGACUGUCUCCAGAGGUACAGGCGAACUGAGUGUACGCACGGACGUGACGGGGUUACCCACAAACACAGCCUGGGAUAAACUCCUCGUUUUUGCUUUUGUCUCAAGCACAGUGUUGUUACACCUUUUUUUAUGCUGAUUUUUGUAUUUCUCCAACUUUGCACUAAUGUUUUUUGUAUGGUUUUGUUCAUAGUUUGUAUCUCUCUCGUGUUUUCUUUGCUGUUUUUAAUGUCCUCUGUACAUUCUCCGUCACCGUUUUCAAGUUUAUUUCGACAACUUGCAUGUUCAUAACCGUAGACAAGACAAACAUCACACAGCAGGGAGCUUCUUUUGGAGACGAGGAAAGACGUCGGACCUCAUCAUAACAUCAUGAAGUCGGGAAACUCUGAGUUCCAGAGCUGUGAGUCUGUUAGCAGGAGCAGCUGAAAACGUUAAAGAAAAUCCCCAAACUUUACAAACUGCUACUUUGUAUCAUGCACGCACUUAUUUCUAUUUGUAUUUAGCUGCUUCUCUUCAUUAUUCCGACUUUGAAAUGGACUUCGUCGUAUUCCUGCACACGUUUUGGGAGGUGAAGAGUUGAACCGAGUUUGUACUUUAAAGGUACGCUGAACAGGGAGCAUUCCUGAGAAUACUGGGUACUCUGCACACACGGAGGGAUCCCAGUGCGUCUGUCAACCACAGAGAGCGGUGCUGAGACGGAGCCACGGUUUAAAUGUUGUAUCACUUUUAAUGCACGUACACCUCCUGUUGUUUAGAGCAUGUUUUUCUGUAAAAAAAAAAAAAAAAAGUUUCCCAAUCAGAUUGCAGCACAAGCUCUUUUUACCAUCAAACCCUCACAGUCGUUUCAAGUG